AUGGUUGGGACGAUCAUAGCUGCAGCUGACAAUGAUUACCUGUAUAUCGUAUGUUUUGAAGAUACAAAACAAUUUGAAAAUAAAUUUAAAGCAUUGGCUAAAGAGUUAUCUUGCCGCUUUGUUCACGAAGAAAACAAAAUUUUAAACACAUUGAAAGAAGAACUGUUAAGUUAUUUCAAUGGAAAUCUAAAGAAAUUCUCUGUACCGCUGAAAACUCUUGGUUCUGACUUUCAAAAGAAUGUCUGGAUGAAAUUACAAGAAAUUCCCUUUGGCUCCACUUAUACAUAUAGUGACAUUACUAAGGCAUUGGGACGACCAACAACCCAUGCUAGAGCAGUAGGUUCAGCCUGUGGUGCCAAUACACAUCUUAUAGUUACUCCAUGUCAUAGAUUAAUUAGUUUAUCUUCUAAAGGUGGAUUUAAUAGUGGAAUCAAUCGUAAAGAAUGGCUUAUUGAACAUGAGAAGAAAUAUGCAAACAAUCUAUGA